UCCCAAAAUUCACGCAAAAUUUGAAUUUUGCGCCAUUUGUGCGGUAGUGUUGUCAAUGAAAAAAUAAAGACAGCGUGACAGCUGACAGUUCAGAAUUAUUAAAAAUGAAGCGCUACACGAAAAAACAACGCGUCUUCAUUGUUGAGCAAUAUUUUAAAAGUAAUGAAGGUUUGGCAGCUACAGUUCGCAAUUUUCAUACAAAAUAUGGUGGAAUUAGUGAUUUAACUUCACCAAUUGUAAAGAAAUUAAUUAAAAAAUUCAGGGAGGCUGGAUCAAUUAGUGAUCUUAGACAUUCUGGCCGUCCUUCAACAAGUCGUUCAACACAAAAUAUCGAAGCAGUUCGUGAGAGUGCUGCUAAGAAUCCAAGAAUAUCAAUUCGGCACCGUAGUCAAGAACUGGACAUUUCGAAAAGCUCUCUACAGCGUAUUCUUAUGAAAGAUCUGCAUCUUCCUAUUUACAAAGUUGAAUUAACUCAAGAACUGAAGUCUACUGACCACGCACAGUCAAGAGAGUUCAUUGAAUGGAUUGCAAAACAAGUGAAUGCUGAUUUUUCGAACAAAAUCAUCUUCAGUGAUGAAGCUCAUUUUCAUCUUGAUGGCUUCGUUAUUCGUCAAAAUUGUCGUAUUUGAGGUUCAGAAA